ACCAGCCUCCCAGGUGCUUUCCAGAGAUGGAUCGCUUGACUUUCUUCUUGGCUCUUCUUCACGUAUAUAAAGCUCUAGGAGAAGACAGGUUUUGGGAUACAACUAUCAAACUUGCCGAGACAGUGACUCUGGAGUGUGUGCACCCGUUGGCACUCAACUUAACCCAGAUCGAGUGGUUCAGGAUGGACACUGCGAAGAAGGAGUCCAUUGCCAUUUUCCACCCUGACUAUGGCAAGGUCGUAAGGGAUCCCUAUGUUGGUAGGGUGGACUUGUUAGAGUCGCCCUCAGCGCGCGAUUACAGGAUACUCUCCAUUCGUAAUGCCUCGGAGGCGGAUGUUGGCUUCUAUUCCUGUCUCCUUGAUACUUUCCCGCACGGAUCUUGGGAAAAGGUGAUACAGGUGGUUCCAUCAGAUCGUUUUGAGACAGCUGUGUCACCGGAUAUCGAUGUGGUCUCAGAAACUGGAAAAAAUGUCACGCUCACAUAUGAGCUUCAAAAGAAUGGUUUGAUGCAACAGGUAACGUGGGAGAAGAUCCAGUCACAUCAGAUUGACCUCUUAACUAGAUGCAACUUAUUCCAAGGGAAGAGCAAUGUCUCAAGGUACCAAAGACAAAUACUGAGCACCUGCGACCAGGGGAUGCGACGGAGCACCGUCACCCUGCCCCAUGUCACGGCCUCUGAUUCCGGACUUUACCGCUGCCUCUUCAAGGCCAGCUCAGGAGAAAACGAAACCUUUGUGGUUAGAUUGACCAUCAGUGAUGAUAAAACUGUUCACCACUAUAUCCUCUUCACGGCUGGAGGGCCCGUUUUAUUGCUGCUGUUUGUUAUCCUCAUUGCCACCAUCAUUGUCAUUGUUUAUAAAAGAAGGAAACAGAAAAGGAUCCAAUUUAAGGAGUCUGAGGGAACAAGGAAUAAGGCAUCCAACAACUACCGAAGUGCCCCCUUUGCCAAUCAGCAGCCCGAUGGCGCAGGAGAGGACGUGUACGUCAACUUCCCGACUUUCCCUCGUAGACCGAAGGCUAGAGUCUAA